GUGAGAUGGUGUCACCUAGAGCAAGCGAGAACAAACACAUUUUGCCCAAGGCUGACCAGGCUGAUUUUCCCAGGUGGCCCCGCAAACUGCAGCUAUGCGACUUAGCCGAUCAAUACGUUUUUACCCUUUACCAACGACCUUUGCUCUCCAUUCACCGGCCCAACAGAGUGCGACCAACGCGAACAGAGUCCCUUGUCCGACAAAGACGAAGUGAAUACAUUUGCCGUCCUGAAUGGGCUGAAUAGGUAUCGAGCCGAACAAAGAGCGAAGCGAAUGAAGGGUGCGUUUGGAUCUGGCAACGCAGACAAAUCUCGGAGCUUCAGUGCCACGACGCUUGCAAUUAAGAGAUAUUUAUAUCUUGUUUGAGCACUUUAGAAGGCUUGCGCUGCGAGUGCUACCUGUUCACUCCUUUUAUAGCCUUGGAAAGAUCGUAGGGCAAACAUGGCGCCCCCACCUUUACACGACGACCCCCAAUUCCACCACGUCCGCUCAGGCGUCACGGCCAUCAUCGAGCGACAUGGGAAAGUUAUCAUCGGGAUGCGCAAGGCCAGUCACGGCAUAAACAAAAUGCAGAUGCCCGGAGGUCACCAAGAAAUAUGGGAGAAACCCGAAGCGUGCGCGGAACGAGAGACGUUCGAGGAGACUGGUCUUGUUGUGAAAGCCAUCGCGCAUGGGCCCACCACUGACGAUCAAUUUUUGGAGGAAAGGAAGCAUUAUAAGACGCUUCAUAUAUGGUGCAAGAUGGUUGAUGAGACUGCUGAGCCGAAGGCAAAGGAGAUGGAUAAGUGUGACAAGUGGAUGUGGAAGUCGGCGAAGGAGCUGAGGGAGUAUUUCAGACAAGGCCAGGCGUUCAAGCCAUUAGAGAAUCUGGUAGGGCAGUCUCCUGAGAACGACGUUCUGGCGAAACUUGAAAAUCGUGCCGAGGCCCACGAGAAGGCCGUUGAGCUAGCUGAGAAGGCUAAGCUCGCUGAGCAGGCUAAGGUUGACGAGCAGGCUACAGACGUGGAAGUAGACGUCUAGACCUCGCAUUGAACAUCAAGGCAGGGACCUAGAGGUCUAGGACGUUAGCGUUUGCUUUUACGUCAGUGAAGUACCGCAACCAGAUCGUAAGAAAGAGAAAAAAAGAAUAGAAAAGUUUGUACAUACUGAACGAUUUGAGCAAAUAGGCGUAGAGUUUGCGAGAGCC